CAAAAAAGAUGCAUAAUAAUUUAUUAUCAAAAUCCUUCUUAAGAACAGCACGAAAUUUUAGAAAAAUGUAUUCAGCGACUAGUGGAGAAGCGGUUGGGAAGAAUGAAGCUUUGGUGGAUAUCCUUGCCUCAGAGGGGAUUGUGAAGUCUUCUUUGGUAGAACAAGCUCUCAAACAAGUUGACAGAGGUGACUUUGUCCCUUACAUAGAAGACGCUUACAUUGACUCUCCGCAGCCCAUCGGCCACGGAGCCACCAUAUCUGCCCCUCACAUGCACGCUUACGCUCUAGAAUGGCUUAAGGACUCCUUCACCGAAGGAGGCAGGGUCCUUGAUGUCGGAUCUGGCUCUGGCAUUCUUUGAGCUUUGUUCUUUAAAAUGAUGAACAGCACAGGGACCGUAGUAGGUAUUGAGCAUAUAGAGGAACUGACCGAGCUUGGGAGGGGGAAUUUAGCGAAGAGUUUUCAGAAUGAGCUGGAUGAGGGGAGUAUUACUUUGGUCACAGGUGAUGGAAGGAAAGGGUAUGAAGAACAAUCACCUUAUGAUGUGAUCCAUGUGGGUGCUGCCGCACCUUCGGUUCCACAAGCUUUGAAGGACCAGUUGAGUGUUGGAGGUGUUUUGAUGAUCCCAGUCGGGCCUGAGCAUGGAAGUCAGUCGAUUAAGCUGAUAAGAAAGAUAUCAGAGGAUGACCUUGAGGAAGAAGAUGUCCUGGGAGUGAGAUAUAUUCCUCUGUGUGAUAAAGAUCAUCAGUUAAAGUACUCAUAA